AAAUGUUAAACAAAAAACUUUGAAAAUAAAAUAGCUAAAGCGCUGUUUUUAACGACUUAUCAUAGACAAUAAUAUUGUAAUAUAGGAUGAAUGAAAAUAACUUAAAAAAAACUAAUUUUAAAGGCUUAUAUGGGGUGGUUAUUGCCUCAGUUGUGAUUCCAGCAAUUACAUUUUGUGUAUCUUUAGCAGUUGGGUAUAAAUCUCAAACAGUUAAUUCAACGUAUACUCCUUUUGUUAGUGAAGCUGGUGACCAAAAACCUAAUUCAAGUAUUUUUACUUUGGGAUUGUCGCUUAGCGGUAUGAUGACAAUGGUUAUUAUUAUAAUUAGAUUUUACCAAGUUAAAUUUUAUUUUACAGAAAGAAAUGAAUGCUUUAGUCGAAUAAACAAUUUUUCUCUAAUAUGUGGUAUAACGUUAGUGUUUGGCGAAUUCAUUGUGGCAGCCUUCCAGCUUUCAAACAUCACACCUAUCCAUUUCCUAGGUGCUGGUAUGAACUUUCUAGGUGCGGUGUUAUAUUGCGGAACUCAGUGUUAUUUCACUUCUCAAAAUCCAAAAACUAUUUUCUUUUUUCGUGUCAUAUCUACUGUUACUAUGGCAUUUUCAUCAAUGGUGUUUGUAGUUUUCAUGGUGCCACCUUUGACUCGACAUAACCGUAAUGGCGAAAAUAUCGCACAGACUUUUGAAUGGAUUCUUGUCACCUGCCAGUUAAUUUUUAUGCUCACAUUUUUGUAUGACUUUCGUAGAUUGGAAGUUGAGUUCAGAUUUAAGCAAAUUGAUCCACAAGAUUCCGAUAAUGAUAAAAUGACACAAGAUUUCGAUAAUGGUAAAAAAACAUUUCUAAACUUUACUUUCUUCAAUGAUCGAAAAGAUUACGAGACUAUUAAUUAAAAGUAAAGUACAUUUCUUUAUUUUUAAAAUUUUUCAUUUUUUAGAUGUUCAAAUACA